AUGCCUGCAAACAUAUCGUUAUACACCGUCAACUCCAUCAUAUUUUUGGACAACGAUGGAAAGAGGCUACUUGCCAAGUACUACAAGCCACCUCACGGAGAAGCCGAUCCUGAUUCUCUUGCCGGACAAGACAAGAAGCAGGCCACUUUCGAGGCCAAUUUGUUCCAGAAAACCCAAAAAGUGAAUGGCGACAUCAUACUGUUCGAAAACCAGAUAGUGGUCUACAAAGAAUACUCGGAUGUCAUAAUCUACCUCACUGGAGGGCUGAACGAGAACGAAGCGUUACUAUACACAACAUUACAAGGCCUCAUCGGUGCUUUGGAUAUUGUGUUGAAGAGUUCCAUCGACAAGAAAUCGAUCCAGGAGAACUACGAUAUGGUAUCUCUUGCUGUUGAUGAGACUGCGGAUGACGGUAUCAUACUGGAAACAGACCCUGCUGUGAUUGCCUCGAGAGUGACCAAAGCUCCAACCGAUGAUGUGAACAUCAAGAUUGAUUUGAGUGAAAAGGGUCUGUUCAAUGCCUUCCAAUUUGCCAAGUCGAAGGUGUCUGAACGUUUACAGCAGGGGUUUUAA